AUAAAAGGAGUAUCCCGUAUCAAUUUUGAAAAAGAACGGAAAAGAAAAAAAAUCUCAUAACCUAAUUCCUCAAACACACUGUUUAAACUUUAAACCAGUUCCCUGAGUUACCCACCCUCCUCCACCACCACCGUUUGUUAGAGAGCGGGGAACUCAUACUCACUCCAGGGUGUGAGUUGCAAACUUUUGUUGCUUCAAUUUUAAGCACAAGGUUUAGAAUUCAAAUUGGCAGCCAUGGCCGCGAAAUUAGGCGUUGUUACUGUUGAAGCGCGACAGAAUCCAAUUGUUUUCUGUUCAACUAGACAAAUUUAUGGAGUUUCCAACACUAAGAACUCAAACAUUUGCUUCAAAACAAAACCCACGUCGCUUUUAACCCCGCAGAAGCUUUCUUCAUCAGCAUUGGCUCUCAAAGGUGUGGGAUCGAAAGGGGUUGUUGAGAAAAGUAGAGGGUUUGUUUCGGUUUCGAGUAGCGGAAACGAGGCUGGUGGGCUAACUUACAAGGAUGCUGGGGUUGAUAUUGAUGCUGGGUCUGAGCUUGUUAAGAGAAUUGCUAAGAUGGCGCCUGGGAUUGGUGGCUUUGGAGGAUUAUUUCCUCUAGGGGAUUCAUAUCUUGUUGCCGGUACUGAUGGUGUUGGUACCAAAUUGAAGCUUGCAUUUGAAACUGGAAUUCAUGAAACUAUAGGAAUUGAUUUGGUUGCCAUGAGUGUCAAUGACAUCAUUACUUCUGGAGCAAAACCCUUGUUCUUCCUAGAUUAUUUUGCGACAAGUCGUCUUGAUGUUGACCUUGCUGAGAGGGUUAUCAAAGGAAUCGUCGAUGGUUGCCAGCAAUCUGAUUGUGCUCUUUUGGGUGGAGAGACUGCAGAGAUGCCUGGGUUUUAUGCAGAAGGCGAAUACGAUCUUAGUGGUUUUGCCGUGGGCGUUGUGAAGAAGGACUCAGUAAUCAACGGGAAGAAUAUUGAGGCUGGAGAUGUACUCAUUGGUCUUCCAUCCAGUGGAGUUCAUUCCAAUGGUUUUUCUCUCGUUAGAAGGGUUUUGGCACAAAGUGGCUGCUCUUUGACAGACAAAAUUCCUGGUGAAACGUUUUCUUUGGGUGAAGCCUUGAUGGCCCCGACUGUCAUAUAUGUCAAACAGGUGCUUGAUGUGAUCACCAAGGGAGGAGUAAAAGGAAUAGCUCACAUAACUGGUGGUGGGUUCACCGAUAAUAUACCUAGAGUUUUUCCAAAGGGACUUGGCGCUGUCAUUGAUACAGAUUCUUGGCCUGUUCUUCCCGUGUUUAAAUGGCUCCAAGAGGCGGGAAGGAUAGAUGACAAAGAGAUGAUGAGGACUUUCAAUAUGGGUAUUGGAAUGGUGCUUGUGGUAAGUCCGGAUGCUGCCCUCAAAAUUCUCGGGGAUGCAAAUGGAGCAACUCCAAUGUAUCGCAUUGGUGAGGUAGUGACAGGUGAAGGGGUUAGCUAUCGAUGAGAAGCUUCCCAAACAAGAUGAUUUUUUAAAAUCCGAAAUGACCUGUAGACGUCUGUCUGGGUUAUCUAGAUGACAACCCUUAUUUUCUGGGUUAGCUAGCUUAUGUAAACGCAUAAUCUGCCAAAACUGAUGUAGUGGAAUUUGAUGCCUCCCUUUUACUAUGGUCUGAUGUACAAUGAUUAAUGUAAUGAUUGCACAUUAAUAUCCAUUUUACUUGGUCUGGCAGCUAA